GAUGUGCGGAGUGAUUGUUUAAGCGAGAAGAAUUCACGUUUUAUUUUGGGGAGAAACUGGCUUUGUAGUGAGUCGUUGCAGGGAAACAGGAGUCGGGCGGCCGAGGGGAGACAUCGCAGCUCGGAGACAUCGAGUGAAAGAAGGCAUGAAGACAUCAUCCUAGUCAUCAGCCAUGGCCGAUAAAAGGAAACUUCAAGGGGAAAUAGAUCGAUGUCUGAAAAAAGUAGCGGAAGGAGUCGAACAGUUUGAAGACAUUUGGCAAAAGAGAUCAAUAGAGUUGCACAAAGCUAAAACAAAUGGAGGAAUUAAAAAUCUUCACAAUGCAGCCAACGCGAACCAGAAGGAGAAAUAUGAAGCAGACCUCAAGAAAGAGAUUAAAAAGCUACAGCGUCUUCGAGACCAGAUCAAGACGUGGGUGGCAUCCAACGAGAUCAAAGACAAAAGGCAGCUAGUAGAGAACCGCAAACUCAUAGAAACGCAAAUGGAGCGGUUCAAAAUAGUGGAGAGAGAAACCAAGACGAAAGCGUACUCAAAAGAAGGUUUGGGUCUGGCCCAGAAGGUGGACCCGGCCCAGAAAGAGAAGGAGGAGGUCGGCACGUGGCUAACGAAUACGAUAGACACGCUGAACAUGCAGGUGGACCAGUUUGAGAGCGAAGUGGAGUCUCUUUCAGUCCAGACGAGAAAAAAGAAAGGAGACAAAGAGGACCGGAUUGAGGAGCUGAAGAAGUUCAUCGAAAGGCAUCGACACCACAUCCGGAUGUUGGAGACCAUUCUGAGGAUGCUGGACAACGACUCGGUGCAGGUGGACGCCAUCCGGAAGAUCAAGGAUGACGUGGAGUAUUAUCUGGACUCGUCGCAGGAUCCAGACUUCGAGGAGAACGAGUUUCUGUACGACGACCUGGACCUGGACGAAAUCCCUCAGACGCUGGUCGCCACCUCCCCGCCGGGAAACUCGCAACUGGAGGACGAGAUCUUCCAGAACUCCAGCAGCACACCAAACUCCACCACUUCAUCCUCACCCAUCCCCCCGUCGCCCGCCACCUGCACUACGGAGAACUCGGAAGAUGACAAGAAGAGGGGACGUUCAACAGACAGUGAAGUCGGUCAGUCACCUGUGAAGAACGGAAACCCUUCUUCCUCAUUAUCCUCGUCCUCAUCCUCCUCCUCUUCCUCCUCCUCCUCCUCGUGCUCUUCCUCCUCCGUCUCGGGACUGACCUCAUCCUCACUCGUCUCCAUGGCGACCAUCGCCGGAGGAGGGCUCAGCGGCUCGGGGCAGCAGUCAUCUGGGCAGCUUGGGGGUCUCCUCUCCAACACGUCCGCCGGCAGCUACAGCAACGCCACCCAGCAGCCGCCGCACCCGUCGGCACAACAACAGCAACAGCAACAACAGCAGCAGCAGGCCAAGAACCUGGUCGGCGCCUCCUCCUCGGCGCCCAUCUCCAUCCCCAUGGCGUCCGCCCACAGCCACAUGGUCUCCUCCUCCUUCCCCCCCAACGCCAUCACGCAGGGGCUCUUCACUUCGAUGUCCCAGCCUCAGGCGCUGUCGGGCCAAACGCCGACCUCCAACAGCCUCGGCCUCAGCCUGGGGCUCUCGCUGGGGAAAGGCGGCAUGUCUGGUUCCAUCACCACCAGCCCGAUGUCCGGGAGCCUUGGCCUGUCGGGGAUGCCGGCGUCCCUGGGCAACAUGGCGAGCCUCCUGUCCGGCUCCACCCCGGCGCCCUACGCUCAGGCGGCCGCCUCAGGAGCGAUCGGCUCUGGUUUACCGGGCUCUCUGGGCGGCAUCGGCAUCAACCCCACGACGACCAACAGCUCGGUGGGCUCCAUCGGCAGCGGGAGCAUCACAGUCGGCGGGCCGACGUCCACGUCUGGAGGUCUGCUGGGCCCGGCGCCGGGGUUGACCAGCGUCGGCUCCGGGAUGCUGGGUUUGAAUUCCGGUCAGUCGGGGAUGUCCGGGAUGUCCGGGAUGUCUGGGAUGUCUGGGAUGUCUGGGAUGUCGGGAAUGUCGGGGAUGUCGGGAUGUCGGGAUGUCGGGGAUGUCGGGGAUGUCGGGGAUGUCGGGGAUGCAGGGCUCCUCCCUGAUGUCACUGAGCCCAGUCGGAGGUUUGGCGCCGGGCAGCGGAGUGGGAGUCAUCGGGAGCAACGGGGAAGCUCAGGAUCGGGGGAGCGGCGUGGUGGGGGGAACCUGUCGCUCUCCGUCAGGCCGUCGAGCCAGCAGAAGCAGAACGGUAGCUCUAGUUACAGCGCUGUGGUAGCAGACAGCACAACAGACUCCGCCCUCACCAGUGCCAGCCAAUCACAAAGCAGCCAACCCUUGUCCUUGACCUCAACAGCCAAUCAGCCUAAGGACACUGGUUCCAGUUUACUGGGCUCUAUUUGUUUGUCGUCCUGCUCCCCGUCGCCGGCCUUCUACAGCGAGGCCAAGACGGUGAGCGGCGGCAGCCUGCUGAACGGGCCUCUGUCCUACUCUCAGUCCUCCGACAGCAUCAAGCCCCAGGAGCCUCUGAGCAGCCUGAAGUCCAUGGCCGAGCGAGCAGCACUCAGCUCAGGGAUGGAGGGAGACGUGCCCUCCAUGCACCUCACCCCAGUCUCCGUAUCCUGUUUCUCUUCAGACAUCUUCCCCAGCAGCACCACGGCCCCCUCGGGCCCUCCGUCAGCGCCUCAGCUCUCGCUGUCGGAGGUCAGCAUCCCCCCGUCACUGGGGGUCUGCCCUCUGGGGCCGGUCCCCCUCUCCAAAGACCAGCUCUACCAACAGGCCAUGGAGGAGGCGGCGUGGACGCACAUGCCCCACCCGUCCGACUCCGAGAGGAUCAGGCAGUACCUGAUGAGGAACCCCUGCCCCACCCUGCCUUUCCACAACCAGGUGCCACCGCCUCACUCCGACACUGUAGAGUUCUACCAGAGGCUUUCCACAGAAACCCUCUUCUUCAUCUUUUACUACCUGGAGGGCACUAAGGCCCAGUAUCUGGCAGCCAAAGCCCUGAAGAAGCAGUCAUGGAGGUUCCACACAAAGUACAUGAUGUGGUUUCAGAGGCACGAGGAACCCAAGACGAUUACGGACGAGUUUGAGCAGGGAACGUACAUUUACUUUGACUAUGAGAAAUGGGGCCAGCGGAAGAAGGAAGGCUUCACGUUUGAGUACCGGUACCUCGAAGACCGAGACCUCCAGUGACCCGCAGCGAGACGGACGGAUGAGCGGACAGCCGAGGAAGAGUGAGACGGGGGGGGGGUGCAGAUGGAUGAAGACGGCUGCUGACAUUCCUGGCUUUGACCUCGUCUUGUUUGGGGGGGGCGAGCGGGUGACCUCCCUCCGACCCCUGCCUCGUCAUCCUCACCCCGACAGUGAUCACUCCUCCCUCCCUCCCUCCCUCCCUCCUCUUCCUCCUCUUUCUCCUCUUCCUCUCCAUAAUCAGGCCUUUAUUAUUUCCAUGUUUUCUCUGAACUGGAACUCUCUUUAUAUCAAGAUUCUGGUUUGUUUUGGCCGAUGAGACUCACACACACAAAAAAAAUCAAUCCGACUAUCGUGAGCUUUUUCUCCUUCGUAUGUUUGCUUUAAAAACUUUCUUAUUUAGCCCCUUCAGAACCAAAGAUAGUUGGUUAAUCACAAAGUAAAGGCUCAGAAUCUGAUGUAACAGACGCCUCAACCACACACACACUGAAUCUGUGUUGUGUCUGGAGCAGCAGGGCAGGAUUCAAGUGAACAAAUAAUUAAACUUCAUAAAUUGAGCAUAAAUAAGGAGGUCAGACGGGACGUGAACUGAUUCGAGAUCAGCCACAAGAACUUAACGACCCCGUAACCUGUAAGAACGUCGAGGUUCUGCCUUGUUUUUCACUGUAUUAUACGGACAUUCACUCAGAUUAUCAGGUAAACUGAACUAAAUACACCAGCAACACAGAGUAUAUUAAUGAUAUCUGGACAAACAAAAAGAUCAAUCUGCAUUAUAUCAUUUACUUCAUUGGUGGGGCAGACAAUAGAAAAUGUGGUGCUAAAAUGAACUUUCUUUCUGCUUUCACAUUUUGCUGACUUUUAAAAGUCUUAAACAUCAUUUCACUAAAGAUUCUUGUUACUUCGUGGGUAGAAAUAAAUAAAAAAAAAAAGCUUGCUACUAGAAAUGUUAAAAUGAUUGGAAAGGAUUUGGAAAGUUCUAAAGCUUCCUAAACGUUAUCGUGAAACGUAAUUAAUGUGUUUACAGACUCAAAAAGACCUGAACUUCCAUUAACUUCCACCCUUAAAUACGUGCCCAUCAUUAUUUAUCAAAGUGUCACAAACACAUUCUUUCCCCCCUCGAGAGUAAUUGAACUUGGGGAAAAAUUGAGAGCAGAGAUGAAUGUUUAGAAAAUCCCUCCUCCAAAGACAUGGGCUGCUCUUUAAGUUACGGGUCGUUAAGUUUCUUGUUGUUUUCUCUUGUAAGUUUCACCUCUGAACAGAAUGAGCGACCUCUUCCUCUGACGGUGUCCUUCUCCUGCCCCUCUGGUGCUGCUACAACAAGGGCUUGUUGAGCUGACGUACACCAACACAGCCGUCGGUUCACCCAGGUGAAUCCUCCAGCUGUUUUUUUUCUUUUUGUGGUGUAUAAAUAUCCUGCCCUGCCUCCUCCCAUCGAGCCGCGGUGGAGGAGUGUGACAACACAGCCGGAGAGGUGCUGGUGGUGGUAACGUAAACUCUUUUUACCUGGUGGGCAGUGUUAUCUCACCGCACUCUCGGAGCAGAAGGAUCACACUCAAAAUUUGAAUUUACGUCAGAUAUUUUAUUUUUAAAAAAUCUGUGUUUGGCCCUCGAGCUUUCACACGUCUCUGUGGGUCACCUUUCUUUAAAUUUAAGGCUCAGUCCACCCAAAUUAUCAUCAAAAAACAAACGUUUAGCUCUUUUUUCUUUAGUGGUAUCUAAUCAUACAGAUAGUUUUGGUUCUAUAGAGAUUCCUGCCUCCACUCCCAACACAGUGGAGGUCAUUUGGGGAAAUUUCUUUCUUGCAAAUCGAGGUAGAUGAGAAGAUCAAAACCACUCAUGUCUGCACGUUCAAUAUCAAGCACCAGGCAGUUAGCUUAGCUUAGCAUAAAGACUGGAAACGGGGGGAAACUGCUAGCCUGACUGUCCAAAGUUAACAGAACUAGCUUUACUAAUAAACACGUUUUGUAUUGUUUGAUUAAUCCAGUGUGAAAACAAGAAUUUGAGAUUUAAAGGGAGUUAUGUGUUGGAUUAUUUCUUGUAAAUAACUCCCAGUAAAGCCAUAAAUAAUCGCUCUUAAACAAACAGAAUUCCCACAGUUUCCAGUAUCAAUCAUCUCAUCUAACUCUCUGCAAGAAAGCAAAUUACAGAAGCUCUAUCGAACAAAUCUGGACAAAAAAAAGCCGAAUAAUCUGCAUGAGUAGAAAGGACCAGUGAGUAAAUGUUACAGCCAGUAUCUUUUUGUUUUGGUGAACUGAUGGUUAAACACCAACAGCUCCAGCAGUGAUCGUUGUGAGCGUCGUGGGUGUUGGAUGCUUCCAGCAGCUGGAUGGACAGUUUGUUAGUCUCCCUCACCUCCUUCCCUCACCUCCUCCCCUCCCUCCCUCCCUCACCUCCUCUUCUCUCUGUGCUGAAGAGCACAAACUGAGCAACACCAGCACUGCUGCCCACAUCUCCUCUGUCCUCCAGCUCUCUGCUUCAUGUCUCCACACCGGCCCGGCUCUCACAAAAACAAGUCAUUCCACAUCCUGAACCCCGCUGCCGAACACACAGCAGCUUAUCCUUUUCAUUAUUUUGUCGUUUUUUUUUUAUCACCCAAACAUUUUUGGAUUCUCACUCCCUUCCUGUUCCGAUUCUUUUCUGUUUUUUUCCUCUCUCUCUCCUCCUCCUCCUCUCUUCAUGCCAGGUAGAUAUUUCCUUUAUUUCUCAGGAAGUAUUUGAUAGAUCAUCUUAUGAGGAAAUGUAUCCGCCAGCAGCUCCCGCCGCCACAGCACAACAACUAGAUAAUCUCUCCCGACAGAUUCGCAACCAAAAUUGAAAAUAUUUGUAUCAAUCAUUUAAGGGGGGUUCUCACUCUCUUGACCUGCCAGUGGCCCUUUCCAUUUCACCAAAAAGGCUUUUUUUUUUUUUUUUUUUUUGAAAUGCAAAUAUUAUCCUCCAAUGUUUGGAGCAGCACCUGGAAGAGAAACCAUCUUUGUCUUUUGUUUGUUGGAUUAAUUGUCGUAUUAUUAUUUUGUCAGAGAUGGGGGGGGAGUGGGCGGGGCGUUUUGAAAACCCAGAGGACAGCGAGGACCCCUGUUCUUUGUUUAAAGGGCGGCAACUUCUCAAGAGGAGUGUGGGGUGUUUUUCUUUUUUAUAGCCAGACAGACAGACAACACUUAUUCUCUUGACUGACAGUCCUGCUUUUAACUUGUUUUUGUUUACCUUUUUUUUUUUUUUUUUUUUUGACAAGCGGACGGGAUGAGAAGUCAAUCCGAGAGCCGAAAUGUGAAUCUCUCUCUCUGCCCCUUGACUAAAGUGUUGUAUAGACUCUCAUUCUUCAAACCUCUCCUUUGUUUUGUUUUUGUUUUUUUGUUGUUGUUGUUGUUGUUGUCGUCAGACAGCAUGGAAUAAUGACACUUGCAAAGUGGCGCUGAAAAAGUAAAUAAUGACAUAACCAUGAAUAAAGGAUUGUAAAAUAUUAAUAAAAGAAGUACUU